CCGUCAGAAACGAGCCCCGUGACUGCUCGACUUCUCCGGCGAGCCACACGGUGCUCGGGGCUUCCGGCGGACGACGAGGGGGAGCGCCGCGAGCGGGAGGCUACGGCGUACGCGGGCGGGAUAGCCGCCGGAGCAGAGGGCAAAGGAGUGGCAUCAACCGGCGGCGACGGCGAGCGCGGGGAUCCGGGGAGGCCGAUGUAGCUCAGCUCGUCUGGCCUCCGCCACUCGGGCAUUCCCCGGAGCGCGGCGGCCACCGACCAACGGAGGAAGCGCGCCGUCGCCGGCCGGCGGCGAGGGGCGCAUGGCGGAACGGCGGCGGAGGAGGCAGGGGCACUUCCUCCACGCGCGCCGUACUCCGCACGGCAACAGGGCAGGUGAGCGCCCGCCCGCGCGGCGCGUGUGGGCCCCACCCUCUGUGGCUCGUCGAGCGGGCCCGGUGGCACGCGCCUGGGCCGUUGGAUCGGCCACAGCUGGCACGGGCGGCGAUCCAACGGCUCAGGACGCUCGCACGCGCGCGACGGGGGCGAAGGGAAGGAAAGGGAAGGAGACGACGGAGGCCGCGGGUGCUUUAUUUGCUGCGCCUGCGCCUGCGCCCGCCUGCAAACUCUGCUCUUCUCUGCUGCACAACCGCCCCGCUUUUGAUCCUCCGUAGCGAAGGAAGGAAAGGAAAGCAAACCCAGCAAUGGGUGAUGCAACAACCAAGUGUUCUGCUGGAGAAGAGAAUGACAGAAUCAAGUAUGCUAUGUCAUCUAUGAAAGGAUUUCGUGAUGAAAUGGAAGAUGCUCUCACAGCUGUCCUAGAUCUAGAUGGUUACAGUUCCACAUCAUUCUUUGGUGUUUAUGAUGGCCAUGGAGGAGCUGAUGUAGCAUUGUAUUGUUCAAGGCAAUUUCAUAUUGAGCUCACCAAGGAACCAGACUAUGGCAACAAUCUGCGUACCGCACUGGAGCAUGUGUAUUUCAGAAUUGAUAAGAAGUUGAAACGAUCGGAUGAAUGGAAAAGGGAGCCAGCUCAUCCUCCUGUUAAUAGAACUUGGAAAAACUUGCUCAGGGCUGCUCUUUGUGAUCCUAAGGAACGUUAUGUUCCCCCCCUACAGGAAGGAACCACAGCAUGUGUGGCUCUCAUUAGAGGUAACCAGAUUAUUGUUGGAAAUAUUGGUGAUUCCCGUUGUGUACUCUCAAGGAAUGGUCAGGCAAAUGAUCUAUCCACCGAUCACAAGCCAGACCACCAACAGGAAAGGGCGAGAAUUGAAAGGGCAGGAGGUCAAGUAACCAGGGAUGAGAACCCUCAGAGAGAUAUCACAGGACGACUAGUUAGUAUGGACUUGGGCAUCCAUCGCAUCGGGGGGAAAUUAGCCAUAUCCAGAGCGAUUGGUGAUUUUCAAUACAAGCAGAACAAAACUUUGUCUCCUGCAGAACAAAUUGUGACAUGUAGUCCGGACAUUCGCACUGUGGACAUAACUGAUGACACUGAAUUUCUUAUUAUAGCAAGUGACGGUAUCUGGGACGUCAAGUCAAGUCAAGAGGCGGUCGAUUUUGUAAGGCAGCGUUUGCAAUCCGGGGAGACAAAUCUGCGUGCCAUUUGUGAGAGACUUCUUGAUUCAUGCCUGGGCCGGAGAAUGAGUGACAAUAUGAGCGUGAUAGUGGUUGAGUUCAAGGCGGGCGCCCGCGCCAACCCCACUGCCACUGCUGAAGCCAGGGCUGACGAAAUCGAGGUCAACAUCGAAGUGGGGCAGUCCAGCAGCGCAAAUGUGGAAGGGGGGCAGCCCAGCAACGGAAAUGAUGACGACGACGGCUCUGUCAACGGCUGCAUAGGAUGCUUCGGCCGCUUGGAUAUGUUUGAGGCCGGCGAGGACUGAUGGGUGAGCUGUGCACUUACAGUUUUGAAUUUUUGAUCAAGAAGUGAAAGGUGAUCCUGAGCUGGGAUGGUUUACAGUGCUAUUUUUGCUCUUUGUCGGAGACAGAAUUCGUGUAGGAUGAUAUGGUACCACUCUUAGGGUCUGAGCUGGGAUGGUUUA